UGCAGCCCUCGUUCUAGGCGCUGCAAAAUAACCUGCAGCAUUUGGGGACCAUGGCUACAGACCCGCUCUCGGAGCUUCAGGAUGACCUGAACUUGGAUGAUACCAACCAGUCCCUCAGCCAGCUCAAACUGGCCUCCAUAGAUGAUAAGAGCUGGCCAGCAGAUGAAGCACCUGCUUUUCCCAAAUCGGAGGACUCCAAAGGCUCCCCUGAGCCCGUCACUCACCUGCAGUGGGAUGAUCCCUACUAUGAUAUUGCCAGGCACCACAUUGUGGAAGUAGCAGGUGAUGACAAAUAUGGAAGGAAAGUCAUUUUGUUCAGUGCCUGCCGGAUGCCCCCGAGUCAUCAACUUGAUCACGUGAAACUACUGGGGUACCUGAAAUUCACACUGGACCAGUAUGUGGAGAGUGAUUACACACUGGUGUACUUGCACCAUGGCCUGACCAGUGAGAACAAGCCAUCCCUGAGCUGGCUGCGGGAUGCCUACAGGGAAUUUGAUCGCAAGUACAAGAAGAACAUCAAAGCCUUGUAUAUUGUGCACCCAACCAUGUUCAUCAAGACUCUGCUGAUUCUCUUCAAGCCUCUGAUCAGCUUCAAGUUUGGACGGAAGAUUUUUUAUGUGAACUUCCUUAGUGAGCUGGAGGAGUAUGUGAAGUUGGAACAGCUGGGGAUCCCAAGCCAAGUGCUGAAAUAUGAUGAAUAUCUGAGAUCCCUGCAGAAACCUUCACAAGUGCCCCAGAAGCCAACACCCCCGCGCCCACCGCUGCCAAACCAGCAGUUUGGAGUCUCGCUCCAGCAUCUCAGGGAGAAGAACCCCGAUCAGUCUCCUGUUCCGCUGGUGGUCAGAGACACUAUCACUCAUUUGCAGGAGCAUGCUCUUGCUACGGAGGGGGUUUUCCGGAGAUCAGCAAAUACGCAGGUUGUCAGGGAGGUCCAGCAAAAAUACAACAUGGGUGUGCCUGUAGAUUUCCAGCAGUAUGAAGAUGUCCACCUCCCUGCUGUGAUCCUCAAGACCUUCUUGAGGGAGCUACCUGAGCCCCUCCUCACCUUUGGCCUUUACAGCCACGUUGUCAGCUUCCAGAGUGUGGAGGAGGAGAAUCGUGUGGAUGUUGUUCGCAAAAUACUCCAGACUCUGCCGGAAGAAAACUACCAAGUGCUCCGUUUUCUGACAGCCUUUCUGGUGCAGGUCUCCGCUCACAGUGACAGAAACAAGAUGACGAACACCAACCUGGCAGUUGUGUUUGGCCCAAAUCUGCUGUGGGCCAAAGAUGUAGCCAUCACCCUAAAAGCCAUCAACCCCAUCAAUACCUUUACCAAGUUCCUGCUGGACCACCAGGAGGAGCUCUUUGGAGGUGUGGAGGCCUGA